CAAUGUUUCUUCUUUUCCUUGUUCUAAUAUUUCCAAUUGUAAAUGCAUCAAAAGUACACCAUGCGGGAAUCAUCGGAGCCAUCCUUGACAAAAGCUCCCGCGUCGGCAAAGAAGAAAGGGUGGCUAUGGAAAUAGCCAUCGACGAUUUCUACAAUCGUACCAAUAAAAGAUUCCUCCUUCAAUUCGAAGACUCCAAUUAUAAGGAACCUGUCCAAGCAUCUGUUGCUGCUAAAUAUCUUAUUGAUACUGUCGGGGCAAGUGUCAUUUUGGGUCCAAGAACAUGGGAAGAAUCCUCAGCACUAGCAAAUAUCGGUAACAUGUCUAAUGUUCCGAUUAUUUCAUUCUCGGAUGCAGUUCCUCCUUGGGGAAGCCGAGAAUGGCCUUUCCUCGUGCACGGCUCGUUUGGGCAGCACGAGGAAAUGGAAGCGAUGGCGGCUGUUGUAAAAUCGUGGGGCUGGCGUCGGGUUAUUGUUGUGUAUGAAGAUAGAGAAUCUUUUACGAGAGGAAUCACUCCUUAUUUGUCUGAUUCCUUGAGAGGAGUUGGAACUGAGAUAUGUUUGUUUGUGCCCAUUUCACCUUUUGCUUCUGACUCUGUUUUGCUACAUCAGUUUGAGAACAUCAAACAGGAUUAUCACAGAGUGUUCUUGGUUCACACGUCUUUGGAAUUAGGUGUCAAAAUGUUUAGAACGGUAAAAAAGAUGGGAAUGAUGGAGGAAGGAUACGUUUGGAUUGCAACAAAUUCUAUUGCCGGAUCGAUUGAUUCGCUUUCUCCAUCCGACACGGCGGUGAUGGGAGGCGUUCUUGGCGUCAGACAUUAUUCUAAUGAAUCAGGACCCAGAUACGAUGCGUUUUAUUGGGAGUUCUGCAAGAGGUUCUUGAAAGAACAUCCGGAGGAGAGGAAUCACGAGCCUGGAUAUAUCGCCUUGCAUGCUUAUGACAUGACAUGGGCGGUGGCUCAAGCCAUUGAUAAUGGGAAGAAAAACAGGAAAGGAACAGUCUUGCUAAACAAGAUCAUGUUGACUGAUUUUGAUGGGCUAAGUGGAAAAGUCAUGUUUGGCGACCAAUCUGAUUAUAAUAAUAAUAAUAGUUAUGUGUUUGAGAUUAUUAAUGUAUUCGGAAGAAAAUAUAAAGAACUUGGAUAUUGGUCGCAAACUGUUGGUUUUUCUGGUUUUUCAGAUGAAAGAACAGUAGUCAAUGGGACCAUGGAAAAGUUAGGUGCGGUUUUUUGGCCUGGUGGUGCUCGGUCAACGCCGAAGGGAUGGAGCACUAGCGGCGAUGCUACUGCUUUAGCUGCCACCAGUUCUAGUAGAAGAUGGAAAAUCGGGGCGCCAAAUGGGACCCUGUUUAACUUAUUCGUGACUGUUUCUUACAAUCCACAGACGAACGAGUCCUCUGUUACUGGAUUUUCAGUAGAUGUGUUUAAAGCAUUGACCCUGUUAUUGCCAUACGAUCUGCAAUACGAUCUUGUUCCUCAUGAAGGAACAUUUGAUGAACUGGUGGGCCGAGUUUAUCGCAAGGAAUUUGACGCAGCAAUUGGAGCUAUAGCUACAACAGCAGAAAGAUACAAGUUCGUUGAUUUCUCUCAACCACAUGGUGAAUCAGGUCUUAAAAUGGUGGUUCCUGUAAAAGCCCAUAAUGAAGAUAGAACAUGGCUCUUCGUCAAGCCUUUCUCGAAGGCCAUGUGGCUUCUAACCGGAGCCAUUAACAUCUACAAUGGUUUUGUCAUUUGGAUCAUUGAGAGAAAUCAUCACGUCUCUGAUCUUCAAGACUCAACAUUCCUUCACCAGAUUGUCACCCUUCUCUGGAUGGCUAUCACCACCCUGUUCUCCGCCCAAGGUGACCGGAUACAUAGCAACCUGUCGAAAAUGGCAACUGCUGUGUGGAUAUUCAUGGCUCUGGUGAUCACACAGAGCUACACCGCGAACCUAAGCAGCAUGCUUACAGUGCCCAGGCUCGAGCCUACACUUGUGGAUGUGGAAAUCUUGAGACAGGGAAGGGAAAUGGUGGGAUGUACUAGAAAGUCAUUUGUGAGGAAUUACUUGACGAAAGUGUUGAAGUUUGAGGAAAAGUACAUUAGGAAUUUUACGACCCACGAAGAUAUCGCCAGGGCCUUGAAGAAUAAGGAAAUAGCUGCGGUUUUUCUGGAGGUCCCCAUCGCGAGGUUGUUCCUUAGCAGGUAUUGCAAGAGCUUCAUGGAAGCUGGUCCGACUCACCAAAUCGGUGGCUAUGGAUUUGUGUUUCCAAAAGAGUCUCCAGAGCUGCCAGACAUAAACGAAGCGCUCAUGCAAGUGAUAGAAAACGGGCAGCUGAAGGAGCUGGAGGACAACAUGGUGGCCUCGCAAAAGUGUGUAGACCCGGAGAGGUCGGACAGUCUUAGCCUGGGUCCGGGGAGUUUUUGGGGCCUUUUCUUGCUCUCGGGGAGCAUCUCAACCGUCGUGUUGGCCAUUUACUUGACUUCUAUGUAUCGAGGGCGUCUAAAAUGGUCUUAUUUUGCAGAACAUGUGAACGCUAGGGGAAUGAUGAUUGUCGUGAUUAUAAAACGUUGGAACUCUUCAAUAAGGCCUAAGUUUAGUAGGAGGGUUAGUGACAUUAAUCUUGAUUCUAACCCAAGUCAUACUUCUAUAGAAAUGACUAAUCAUGUUUAGUUAAUUAGUUCAUUAUUAUAACUUAAUUGUAA